AUGGCUCGCCGACAGGCUGUCGAGCAGCUACCGGCCUUUGCCACGAUUGACCACGAUGACCGCCGCGGCGCCCUCUGGAUCGCCGCCAUCCUCAGCCUCAUCUUUGUCGCCAUGACGUUUGGCGCGCGGCUGUACGUGCGCAAGCACAUGCUCGGUCGGGACGACUUUGCGAGCAUGGCCGCCGUCGCCCUGGCCCUCGCGCAGUACGCCUCGCUCUUUGCGGGCAUGCCCUCGGGGCUGGGCACCUCGAAGCUGUCGGUGACGCAGGGAAACGAGCGCAAGAAUGGCUCGCUACUUCUCACAUCGCAAGCCGUCUUUAUAUGCGGCAUCUACAUGGCCAAGUUUGCCGUGCUGCUGGCCACGGAGCGUCUGCUCGCCGCCAGCAUGAAGACGGUGCGGAGGAUAUGCAUACUGAUCCGCGCCACGCUGGGCGCCGCCGCACUCGCCUCGAUCCUCCUCAUCACCAUCCGCUGCUCCACGAACGGACUACUAUCACCGAAAAGCCAACGACAGUGCAGCGGCCUCGGCCAGCGCUGGGUCAUCAUCUCGAUCCUCGACGGGGUCACCGAGCUGGCCAUCCUCUGCGUCUUCUAUGGCCUGGUCUGGUCACUACAAAUGCGGCUGGCGCGCAAAUGGAUGCUGACCAUUCUGCUUGGUCUGAGAAUACUUUGCCCUGUAUUUACCGGCAUCUACACGUCCGCGAUCAAAUCAUACUCGAGAAGCGCCAACCCAGAGGUGCAAGUCAUGUCGCCGCUGGUCUGGCAGCAGGUGGCGCUGGGCUACUCGCUCAUCGCGGCGCUGCUCAUUGCGCUGAUACCCUUCCUGCGGAGCUUCCACACGGGCAUGGUCAUGAAUGUGCAAAACAUGGGCAGCGGCGGCGGCGAAUGGGGCAGCUCGGCGCGCUCCCGCGACAACGGCUACCGCCUCAAGAACCUGUCCAGGAACAACGGCAGCAGGCUGGGGAGCAGCAAGCCGCGCAGCGUGCCCCUCUCCGAGACGGAGGUGACGCGCUCGACAUCGCGCUCGGGGGACGCGCCGUCGGCGUCGUGGCGCAGCAAGAGCCGUUCGGAGGACGGCGGCUCGAUGGACGAGCAGCAGCAGCAGCAGCAGCAGCAGGGCCCGGACCCCCUUGUCAUACAAAAGACGGUCGACUGGUCCGUGCAGUAUGAGGAAGGCGAGGCUGGGGGUCUACAGCACCCUGGCUUGCCCGGGUACUUGCAUCAGCAGAACUAA